GCCGCCGCCGCGGGCACCGGCACCGGCACCGGCACGGCCAGGAGCGGCGGCACCAUGGCCUCCGAGAGCGAGGCGCAGCGGGCGCUGCAGUAUGAGCAGACCCUGAUGUAUGGGCGCUACACGCAGGACCUGGGCACCUUUGCCAAGGACGAGGCAGCCCGGCUGCGGCUGCAGCAGGGACAUGGGGAGGGGGACACCCCCCGGCCACGCCGCCCCUCCGAGCUGCUGGAGUACACCCAGGGCCGCUGUGUCCGCUGCCGUGUCUGCGCCUUGCAGUGCCAGCGAUUCCUCAUCUCCAAAGUGGGCGAGGACUGGGUCUUCCUCAUCCUCCUGGGGCUGGUCAUGGCACUGGUCAGCUGGGCCAUGGACUUUGCCAUCGCCACCUGCCUCCAAGCCCAGAAGUGGAUGUAUGGGGGCCUGGACACCAACGUGCUGCUGCAGUACCUGGCCUGGGUCACCUACCCCACCGUGCUCAUCACCUUCUCAGCUGGCUUCACCCAGAUCCUCGCCCCCCAGGCUGUGGGCUCAGGGAUCCCCGAGAUGAAGACCAUCCUGCGGGGCGUCGUGCUGAAGGAGUACCUCACCCUCAAGACCUUCGUGGCCAAGGUGAUCGGGCUGACGUGUGCCCUGGGCAGCGGCAUGCCCCUGGGCAAGGAGGGUCCCUUCGUUCACAUCGCCAGCAUGUGCGCAGCCCUGCUCAGCCGCUUUCUCUCCCUCUUUGGGGGCAUGUAUGAGAAUGAGGCAAGGAACAUCGAAAUGCUGGCGGCCGCCUGCGCCGUCGGUGUCGGCUGCUGCUUCGCCGCCCCCAUCGGAGGCGUCCUCUUCAGCAUCGAGGUCACCUCCACUUUCUUCGCCGUCCGUAACUACUGGCGCGGCUUCUUUGCUGCCACCUUCAGCGCCUUCAUCUUCCGCGUCCUCGCUGUCUGGAACAAGGACGAAGAGACGAUCACGGCACUGUUCAAGACCCGAUUCCGCCUUGACUUCCCCUUCGACCUGCAGGAGCUGCCCGCCUUUGCUGUCAUCGGGAUCGCCAGCGGCUUCGGGGGUGCACUCUUCGUCUACCUCAACCGCAAGAUCGUGCAGUUCAUGCGCCGCCAGAAGACCAUCAACCGCUUUCUCAUGAAGAAGCGCCUGCUCUUCCCUGCCCUGGUGACGCUGCUCAUCUCCACGCUGACAUUCCCGCCCGGCUUCGGACAGUUCAUGGCUGGCCAGCUCACCCAGAAGGACACCCUGGUGACACUCUUCGACAACCAGACAUGGGCCAAGCAGGGGCUCAGCGAUGAGUUCGAGUACUUGGGCAUCCUGGAGGCCUGGCACCACCCCCGCUCCAACGUCUUCGUCACCCUUGUUGUGUUCAUCCUCAUGAAGUUCUGGAUGUCAGCCCUGGCCACCACCAUCCCAGUGCCCUGCGGAGCCUUCAUGCCUGUCUUUGUCAUCGGUGUCCCCUUCCCCGGCAGCGCGGGGGCAGAGGAGAGGGCACGAGGCUGGGUCGGGUGCUGGGAGAGCCCCCGCGCCUGCUCCCAGCCCCUCUCUGCGGGCAGGGGCAGCUUUCGGGCGCCUGGUGGGGGAGAGCAUGGCAGCCUGGUUCCCCGACGGCAUCCACACCGACAGCAACAUCUACCGCAUCGUGCCGGGGGGCUACGCCGUGGGGCAGCCGCGCUGUCAGGUGCUGUCACCCACACGGUGUCCACGGCCGUCAUCGUCUUUGAGCUGACGGGGCAGAUCUCACACAUCCUGCCUGUCAUGAUCGCCGUCAUCCUGGCCAACGCCGUAGCCCAGAGCCUCCAGCCCUCCCUCUACGACAGCAUCAUCCGCAUCAAGAAGCUGCCCUACCUCCCCGAGCUGGGCUGGGGCCACCACGAGAAAUACAACGUGCGGGUGGAGGACAUCAUGAUACGGGACAUCCGCUACGUCACCCUCAACUGCAAGUACCGGGACCUACAGCACGUCCUGCAGAGCACCAAGAUGAAGAACCUACCGCUGGUGGAGUCGGCUGAGUCCAUGAUCCUGCUGGGCUCCAUCGAGCGGGCACAGGUGGGGGCCCUGCUCAGCCACCAGCUCAGCCCCCAGCGCCGGCUCCAGGCCCUGCGGCAGAAGGCCCUGGCCGAGGAGGGGCACCGACUCUCCGACGCCAGCAUCCGCUUCCAGAUCAGCACGGAGGCCUCCUCGGGAGCCCCCACCCACACUGCCCCCCGCAAGCCCCUGAAGCCGGCGCUGAAGCGGGUGCCCAGCAGCGUGGCCAAGACCCCCCUGGCCGGCACCGCCGACCACUCCGGCAUUGCCCUCAAGAGCCUCUUCUGUGCCAACACCGCCGCAGAGCCCACCGAGGAGGAGAUGGAUCUGGGUGACAAGAUGACCCCGGCCGAGAUCCUGGAGUGGGAGGAGCAGCAGCUGGACCAACUGGUGGACUUCAGCAGCGCCAAGAUAGACCCUGCGCCCUUCCAGCUGGUGGAGCACACCUCACUGCACAAGACCCACACCGUCUUCUCACUGCUGGGGCUGGACCACGCGUACGUCACCAGCAUCGGGCGCCUGGUGGGCAUGGUGUCCCUCAAGGAGCUGCGCAAGGCCAUCGAGGGCUCACUGACAGCCAAGGGGGUGAAGGUGCGCCCGCCGCUCGCCAGCUUCCGCGACAGCACUGCCAGCGCCGGGGAGCCCGACACCACCGCCCUGCACCAGCUCUGGGACCGCCACCAGCACCACCCCAUGCCCCGCGAGGCCAGUCCCGGGGGCGACAAUGACGAUGACACCCCCAAGGGCCAGUGAGAUGGGGUGUCCCCCCCCCACACCAUGUCCCCAGGUGCUGCAGGGGCCCCGCGGUGGGUACUGGGGGUGCCUGCCCUGUGCCCCCCUGUGCCAGGCUCAGCAGAGGGGUGGGCACCCUCAAUCCAGUGCUGCUGCCCCCGCCCUGUGCUGGGGCUGGCCAGGUGCCCCCCAGCCUACCUGUGCCCCACCCCGCCUCCCUGUCAGCCCUUGGGGCUUCCCACUUUGCUACCUCUGCCCCCCCGCCCCCAGACCCGGUGCCCCCUGGCACAGCCACCGCCCUCACCCCCCCUCCCACCCAUGGGCAUCCCGAUGUCCCUGCUCAGGGUGGCACAUGGGGCAGAGGGGCAUCAGGUCAGG